AUGGACCCACAUGGAGCUAUACAGACUUUGUGCACGAGGCAGGAUAAGCAUCGUUCAAGUUUGCUUUUGGAUGCUCAUUUGGAAGGCGAGGAAGUGCCAGGUGUAUUGACUUGUCGUCACCGAGACAAAGGUCUGCUUGAAGGAGGGGUAGAUGGGUUAGAUCCACGAAUUCUCGCUUAUAUCACUGAUGCGGGGUUAGAUGGGCUGCUUCGGGUCCCACAUAUGGACAUUGACCACACAUUGAUCAUAGCGUUGGUGGAGAGAUGGCGGCCGGAGACGCACUCAUUUCACUUGCCCCACGGUGAGAUGACCAUCACACUACAAGAUAUGGAGGUUAUAAUGGGGGUACCUGUAGAUGGCUUGCCGUUGGUGGAAUCUAUACCCUCAACGGGCAGUUGGCGUGACGUCUGCAGAAGAUUGCUAGGGUGUAUACCGCCAAGUAGAGAACUUAGAAACAACAGAAAGAACACUGGAGUGCUGGAAGGGGCGAGCAUAAAAGCCAAAUGGCUUGAGGAUCAGUUUCGCGACCCUCUCCCGGUUGACGCCCCUGAGGCGCUUGUGCAGAAGUAUGCUCGUUUUUACAUAUUGGAGUUGUUAGGUGGUACGCUAUUUAUGGAUAAGUCUGGAGAACGGAUCUCAGUUAGGCAUUAG